UUAAAUUGUACUAUGUUGUAGAUGUUUAAUUAUAAUUUUAGAAAAUGUAUUUAAAUAAUAUGUAGCCCAAUUGAUAGUUCUGCGGAUCAAUUGAACUAGGCGGUAAAUUGGCUUGACUUUUCCCGCCGUUUUUACAGGGGCUUUAAUUUGCGUAAACAACACCGAGUAGACUGACGCGCGGUCGCCGUAUUUGAAUAUUGCUAAAAAAUAUAUCGAAAAAAUACCAAAAAAUAUGGCGCCGCCCAGUGAUGAAGACGGGAAAAUACGGAAUCGUUUUGAUGAAUUAUGUCGGGAUUUAAAUUUGGAAAAAUCAACUAUCGAUGAAGCAUGGGAGGCUUACCAAAGGAUAAGUUUAAACUACACUUUGGAGGGUGACGAUCUUCACUGGCUAGCUUGUGCGCUGUAUGUGUCAUGUCGAAAGACUGUUAUUCCGACUGUUGGUGGACGAGAAAUGAUGGAAGGAAAUUGCGUUUCUCUUACAAGAUUAUUAAGAUCUUCAAAAUUAAGUGUUAUCCAGUUUUUCAACAAGAUGAAGAACUGGUCGGACAUGGCCAACUUACCUCAGAAAUUCCGCGACAAAGUGGACCGGCUUGAGCGCAACUUCAACGUAUCAGGUGUAAUAUUUAAGAAAUACCAACCAAUAUUCAUUGAGAUUUUCAAGGACCCAGCUCUGGAACAGCCUAGAGCUCCCCGUGGGCGAAAACAAAGAAGACUAAACUGCUCUGUGACAGAUAUAUUUCGUUUCUGUUGGACUUUGUUUGUGCAAGUUAAAGGUAACUUCCCUGCGAUAAGUGAUGACCUUGUGAACUCGUACCACCUUCUCCUUUGUUGUCUGGACUUGAUAUUCACCAAUGCACUUCUUGCCAACAGGAGAGAGCUCCUGAAUCCGGCAUUUGAAGGUCUGCCAGAAAGCUACCAAAACAGUGACUACCGUGUGCCUGCACAGGCACCUUGCAUCAUUGAGAAGCUGUGUCAGCUCCACGAUGGGCUUGUGAUUGAGGCAAAGGGCAUUAAAGAACACUGGUGGAAGCCGUACAUUAAGAAACUCUUUGAAAGAAGGAGCUUAAAGGGAAAUGCAGAAAAGCUAAGUGGAAUAAUUGACAGCGUCUACUUUGAAACCAACAGUAAAAAUAUCAACAAAACGUAUGAAGAGUAUGUGUUAACUGUUGGUGAUUUCGAUGAGCGCAUCUUCCUUGGCGAUGAUGCUAAUGAAGAAAUCGGAACGCCGGCCAAAGUAGGAACAGCGAGCAUCGAAGAAAAGAUGAAAGCCAAACGGAACCUUAAGCUACCAUUUGAUCAGACCAAAAGUCUUGCACCACACACCCCUCUCACAGGCAAGAAAUACUUAAAGGAAAAAGAACAUGCCAAGAACACGCCUGUCUCCACAGCUACGCAAAGCGUCAGCCGACUGCAGGCGUUAUUAACAGGACUGAAGACUUGCCCGAGUGAGACGCUGAAGGUGAUAUUUGCUGAAUGCAGUACUAACCCGACACAGUCCAUCACAGAUAGAAUAAAACUGAUGGGUGAAACGUUCUGCAAUAAGUUUGUUGAGGUCAGCAAUAUUAAUCAUAUUUAAAAAAUCGUGUUAAUUGUCUAUCAUUGAAUCUUGAAAAUAUCAAAAAUUCAAUUUAAACAAUAAAUAGCUAAUUUCAAUAUCAUCAGUUUGCUGGAACAUGAUAUUUUCCAUACAUCACUGUUUGCUUGUUGUCUGGAGAUUGUCAUUUUCUCAUACAACUCUCAAAGAACAUUUCCAUGGAUUAUAGAUAUUUUUGAGAUCCCUGCAUUCCACUUUUACAAGGUCAUUGAACUGAUCUUACGAGCAGAGGAUGGUUUGUCACGAGAUGUAGUCAAGCACCUCAACACGGUUGAGGAAGCUGUGUUACAAGAAUGUGCUUGGAAGUCGAGCUCUCCCCUCUGGGAUGCUAUCCGAGAAUCUAACGAUGGCGGCGUACCCACAUGUGAAGACGUCACGUUGCCAAGUCAGAUAGACAACGGUCAGACUACACUCAACAGCCAUCCUCCCCCACCGCAGAUUGGAUCACCUAUGCAACAUCCACGAAUCAGAGCUCUUACAGGCGUAGAACCACCGAAAAGAGAUCCUGUAACUGGUUCCCCAGUAUCAGCACAUGAUCGAUUCAGUUCCCCGGCUCCAGGGUCAGCUAAACGCCGUCUUUUUGGACCUGAACCAACCAAGUCUACUUCACCUACCAAUUCGUCCACUUGUGUCCAACCUGGGCAGAUUAUCACCAGUGUAAAUCAACCACAAGAAAAAAUAGUCACGGUCGAAGUAGUACAGACUGUGAAUAACAAAGAUGGUACCAUCCAAAUAAUAGCAAGUCCAAUCAAAGUUGGCAAGUCGAAUGUUGUAGCAAUAUCAGGCACUACGCAAGCACCAGUUACAGUGGCAACAGAACAGCCAGCUGCACAACCUGCUACAGAGUGCGCCCCCAAGAAGCCCAAGAGGACGGGCUCAGUCGGACUCUUCUUUAGAAAGCUCUACCACCUUGCAAAUGUUCGCUUACUGGACAUGUGCUCAAGACUCCAAAUCGAGGAUGAUCUUCGUCGUAAGAUCUGGACGUGUCUUGUCCAUGCCAUCGUCCAUCAUAGUGACCUAAUGAUGGACAGACAUCUGGACCAGCUUAUUAUGUGCUCAAUCUACGUUAUAUGCAAGGUGACCAGAAAUGAUCGUCAGUUUCAAGAGAUAAUGCGCUGCUAUAGAAUGCAGCCACAGUCGCAAAGCCAUGUUUACCGAAGUGUGUUGCUAAGCGACAGGCGAAGGUGCUCAAGUCGUGCAAGUGGUACAUCCCACAAUGGGAGUAGUAAUAGCAGUUCACCAGAAACAGACAAAAACAGAGGUCCUUUUUCCCGCACACUUGCUCGCUCUGCAAGUACGAUGCCCACAUCAUUGCCAAAUAGUGCCCCACCCACUCCUACCAGGAUGGCUGGUACCGCAUCAUCAUUUGAAGAUGAGGAGAGAGGAGACCUAAUUAAGUACUACAACUCGAUAUUUGUAAUCAGAGUUCAGCCAUUUGCUCUCCGUUUCUCUCCAGCCGACAACAAAGAUGAAAAUGGGCUAACAGCACAUCCCACCCUCUCACCACUCCCAAUCGUCCGGACCCACCAAGUGUCCCCAAGAAAAGUGUCCAAUAGGCACCAAUUGUACAUAUCCCCCCGAAAGAACUGUAUCCCGAUGAGCCCUGGAAACAGCCUUGUUUUCCACAUCAACAAGAGUCCAAGCAAGGAUCUUCGGGAGAUAAACUCAAUGAUCAAAAUGGAAAGGAACACAAAACGAGCGAUGGAUUUUGAGGAGAGUCCUCAGAAACGUGUUUGCAUCGAGAAGCAGAACGGAAAUUUCCUCCGUAAGCUUCACUUACUAAAAAAUGACCGACAGGUAACAGAAUAGAUUGGCUGAUUCUGAGCAACCUUCCAAUUCGCUGGAUUGGAUUCAUGUCACUAACCUUGCUUCCACCUGGCUUUCAGUACAGGUGCAGAAAAUCCAGGUGUUGAUUGCUUGUUGUAUUUGUUGAUACUGAUCAGCAAUAUUUAUGUUAAAAUGUUUCACAAAAAGUUAAAGAAGCGCUAUUUUUAUAAAGUUUUAUGAGGGCGCAUUUCACUUUACUUAAGUUCAUAUCUGCUCCUGAAUGGAUUAGAUUUAAAGAAAAAUGUUGUCCAUGCUUUACUGUGAUUUACACAUGGAAUAUUUUAAAGUGUAAAAGUACUAAUCUAGUCCUAAUAUUUGAUAUAAAUUUUAAUCUUGUCAAAUUAUUACAAAUAUAAAAAAUGAAACUUUUAUACAAAACCUAUUUUGUUAUUUUUGAAAUAAAUUUUUAAAUUUUAAAUCAUGUAAAUGCAUUUUUCAGUGGCAUGAUGGGAAGGUUAUGAUUAUGUAAUAAUUAAUUUUCUGGCUGUACAUACUCCAUCAAAGUAAAAUUUGAAAUAAUUAUGUUUAGAUGAAAUUUCUGUCAGCUGAACAAUAAUAAUGUAAUAGGUAAUUAAAUGAAACAAUUGUAUAAUUCAAUUAUUUAGAUAAAACCGACACAUUUUGGAAGAUGUCAUUUGAAAGAAUGUAAAUGUAACAGCACACUAUAUACAUGUGCAGACAUUACAGAAUUAAAGCAGUAACUGGGGUAAUGAAUUAAUUUGUCUGAGUUGAAAAGUUUUAAUGAAAUGUUUUAUUAAUCAUUGCUGGAUAAUGAAAUUUAUUUGGAUAACUUUUAACAUUGUCUUAAAAUAAAUCACGGAGAAUUAUAUUUUAAAAGUUAUUAGUGUCUGGAAAAGUGUGCUGUAGAUAACAUGAAAGGAUAUGAAUUCGUAAUUAUGAAUAUUGUAUUAAUAUCAUGGAGUAAUAUUCUUGCAUGAUAAUAAUAUCUACCUACUUUUCAGAAAUUGUUAGCAGUAUUAUUAAGUGGGUUGUUCGCCAAUGAAUUUGACAAUGUUAAAUGUUGUAAAUUAUCUAACUUUGUUCACAAAGAUAGGGUAUUAUUUAAGGAUUUAUUUUAUUUUUCGUUUUUGUGUAUUGGUUAUAUACAAAGUUAUUUUUAUGAUUCGGGUGCUUUUUUUUCUUUGUGGUUCACUUUUUUUUCCCGUUCAGUCUUUAUUUUUUAAAGGCUGUAAAAAGUAAUAAUGAUAUAAACAAGUACAU